CGGAUAUCUCUUACACAUGAACGAAAAUUUCUCUUUCUCUUUUGGCGAGACAACAACUGCACCCUUGAUGAGCACAGGUGCCUUGUUCCAAUAAGUUCUGUGAGUUUCAUCAUCCCUGCGUUCGUUCUUCAGGGGAUUAUUCGUGAAUUUCGGCUCUCCCAGCUCUCUCCUUCAAUCCCAAGAUCGGAGCUCUCGGAAGCGCGAUGGAAAAAUGGUUCGUUCUUGUCCUCGUCGCCUCAAUGAUGGGAUCAAGCGGUGCCUUUAUAGAAGACUUCGAUAAAUACGUCGAAGAAUUGGAGAACGAUCCCGUGAAGAAGCAAAUAUCACAGUUCAACGAUUACGCCGUCAGAUGUUUCGGCGAGGCUCGUAGGAACCAGACUCAGAAUCAAAUGGGAGAACUGGAGUUCGUAUGUUGUUUACAGGACUUCUGGAUGGAGUGCAUGAAACAGGUUCCGCUCAUCAAAGAAUGCAGUUCACUGACGGAGAAUCAGCUAAGGAAAUUUGAACAAGAUCUAGUGAGCGGGGUCGAUUGUUCGCUGGCCGACCUACGGUCGUGCGCUCACCGGGAGGGGCAUGACCAUUUCGUUAACUCGAACAGAGAACGGAGUGCGAGAUUCACAUCGGCGGCUGCUCCGCGGGAAGCUUCGAUAGUGCUCGCCAUCACCCCGAUAGUUUUACGCUCCAUCUUCAGACAUUUGUGAGACCAUGAGAGACUAAUGUUUUUGUUGAAAGUUGAGAAGAUUUUCCCAUCCGUUCCCACGAACAACGCGGAUCGUAUCGCGCCAAAUGAAACAAAACAAAAGAUCCGCACUGUUCUGUGGAUCCACGAUCGGAAAGCUUCGCUAUCACCUUGAAGGCUUUAAGGAGGGAGAUUGUGGAGAGUCCCCGGAGAAAAUCCGAUUAGAAAGAUCAUAAUCACAGUAGUUCAGGACGUGACGGGAUUGUUCCUCGUCGCAAGGAGACUCCGCAAAGCCUCGUUUUGUGAUUUCGAUUCGAGCCCGCUUGUCCGAAAUCAUCGGGCAGGAUUCGAUCGGUGGGUGAAAUGGAAUGAGUGAUACCUGAGCAGGGGGAAAACCUGUCACAUCAUUGAUUCACUCGUGCAAGAGCGGAGAUGGCCCCGGUGCGCAUCGAGUCCCACAUCGGUGAACUGCGAAUCUGGUCGGAGCGCUCGACGCGGUGCGGGUGUUCCCCUUAUUGCGCGGCAUUCAUUAAAGUUUAACAUCAUUCUGUACAUCACGGGAGUCCGGGAAAGGUUCCUGCUACCAUAAAGUUAAAGAUUAAAUUAAACUCGAGAAGCACCAGGAGCGUCAAAUUAAGGAGAGCGAUCGAAUCUUUCUUAGGCCCCGCUCAGGUAGACUAGGUCAAGUAUCCCGGAGCCUUGCUUCGUAUUGGACUCCAUCGGAUUCAGUAAGAUUUCAUGCUCCGACAGGCCGUCCGUUGCACGCGAAAUGUUGUUAUAGCGUUGUAAACUCACAACCGAUUGAAAGUCAGAGGUACAGAAUGCAGCGGCGGGAGCUCUCUCGGGACCAACCCGGCAUCUGAUAGGUAUUAGUUUAUUUUUUCACCUCAUCUUGUAAAGGGAGGAGAACGCUAAAUAAAGUCGGCGAGUUGA